CGCCGCCGCCAUUUUAUCCCAGUCAGUCAGGAGGCAGCGGCUGCACAGGACCCCAGAGGAAGAGCUGCGAGGAUGCUGUCUGUACGCGUCGCCGCUGCCUUGGCCCGCGCCCUCCCCCGCCAAGCCGGGCUGGUCUCCAGAAAUGCCUUGGGAGCAGCCUUUGUUGCAACCAGGAACCUCCAUUCCUCUAACAGCCGCCUUCAGAAGUCUGGCACUGCUGAAGUGUCCUCUAUUCUGGAAGAGCGUAUUUUGGGAGCUGAUACCUCUGUUGACCUUGAAGAAACUGGGAGAGUCCUUUCUAUUGGUGAUGGUAUUGCUCGCGUACAUGGAUUAAGAAAUGUUCAGGCAGAGGAAAUGGUGGAAUUUUCUUCAGGUCUUAAGGGUAUGUCCCUGAACUUGGAACCUGACAAUGUUGGUGUUGUCGUGUUUGGUAAUGAUAAACUGAUUAAAGAAGGAGAUAUUGUGAAGAGAACAGGAGCCAUUGUGGAUGUUCCUGUUGGUGAGGAACUUUUGGGCCGUGUCGUAGAUGCUCUGGGCAAUGCCAUUGAUGGAAAGGGUCCAAUUGGUUCCAAAACUCGUCGACGAGUUGGUCUGAAGGCCCCUGGAAUCAUUCCAAGAAUCUCUGUGCGUGAACCCAUGCAGACUGGCAUUAAGGCUGUGGAUAGCUUGGUACCAAUUGGCCGUGGACAGCGUGAACUGAUUAUUGGUGACAGACAGACUGGCAAAACAUCAAUUGCUAUUGAUACAAUCAUUAAUCAGAAACGCUUUAAUGAUGGAACUGAUGAAAAGAAGAAGCUAUAUUGUAUUUAUGUUGCUAUUGGUCAGAAGAGAUCCACUGUUGCUCAGCUGGUGAAGAGACUUACAGAUGCAGAUGCUAUGAAAUAUACCAUCGUGGUUUCAGCCACUGCAUCUGAUGCUGCUCCACUUCAGUACUUGGCUCCUUAUUCUGGAUGCUCUAUGGGAGAAUAUUUCCGAGACAAUGGCAAACAUGCUCUAAUUAUCUAUGAUGACUUGUCCAAACAGGCUGUUGCCUACCGUCAGAUGUCUCUGCUGCUCCGUCGUCCUCCUGGUCGUGAGGCUUAUCCUGGUGAUGUGUUCUAUCUGCACUCCCGUCUGCUGGAGAGAGCAGCUAAAAUGAAUGAUACUUUUGGAGGUGGCUCUUUGACUGCCCUUCCAGUGAUUGAAACACAGGCUGGUGAUGUGUCAGCAUACAUUCCAACAAAUGUCAUCUCCAUCACUGAUGGACAGAUUUUCUUGGAAACAGAGUUGUUCUACAAAGGUAUCCGCCCUGCCAUUAAUGUUGGUUUGUCUGUAUCCCGUGUCGGAUCAGCUGCUCAAACCAGAGCAAUGAAACAGGUGGCAGGUACCAUGAAGCUGGAGUUGGCUCAGUAUCGUGAGGUGGCAGCUUUUGCUCAGUUUGGUUCUGAUCUAGAUGCUGCUACUCAACAACUGCUGAGUCGUGGUGUGCGUCUGACUGAGUUGCUGAAACAAGGACAGUAUUCUCCCAUGGCAAUUGAAGAACAGGUGGCAGUCAUUUACGCUGGUGUUCGAGGAUAUCUGGACAAACUGGAGCCCAGCAAAAUCACCAAGUUUGAGAGUGCUUUCUUAGCUCACGUCAUCAGCCAACACCAGUCCCUCUUGAAUAAUAUCAGAACUGAUGGAAAGAUCUCAGAACAGUCAGAUGCAAAACUGAAGGAAAUUGUCACAAACUUCUUGGCUGGAUUUGAAGCUUAAAAUCCCACAAAUUUUAUCAAUUUGGUUUUUGUUGUAUCUUCUAGUGAUUCGGUUCCAUUCAUUAUAGGACUUUAAUGCACUCUUGCGCCUAAUGUACAGAAAUCCCAUUAUGAAUAAAGGGUUCCAUGUUAA